AUGAUCCGCCUGCUCAGCCAACACCGCUUCCCGCUCGCCAUCGUCGGAGCCGCCCUCAUCCUCCUCGUUCUCUCGGCGCUCGCUUUGCGCUCGUCGUUCGACUCGCCAGACGCGCACAACGCACUCUGGGCACCGGGGAGUGUCGGACUCGUGUACGGAUCGAACGGGCGGACGAACGAGGGCAGAGAGGCGUUUGCGCAGACAAGUUCGAAGGGCUGGGAGGAGGACGUUGCAGAUUCGCUCAAGCAUGGAGACGUGAUCAUGCCAAAGCUGGGGAACGCGACGGCAAAAGCUGAACUAGGUCGGGCGUCUUGGAAACUGCUACACACGAUGGCCGCCCGCUUUCCCGAGAAGCCGACGGAGAACGAGCGCGACACGUUCAAGUCGUUUCUCUACCUCUUCUCGCGGCUGUACCCUUGCGGCGAGUGCGCAGCGGAGUUCCAGCAACUCCUGAAGAAGCACCCACCUCAGACCUCCUCUCGCGGCUCCGCCUCCCUCUACCUCUGCCACCUACACAACCUCGUCAACCUGCGCCUCGGCAAACCCGAGUUCGACUGUGGCGUCAAUCUGCGGGACGUGUAUGAUUGUGGAUGCGCGGAUGAUGAGGAUGAGGAAGGCAGGGUAGGAGGCAAGAGGCGGGAGGAGAAGGAGGAGGGGAGGAACGUAAUAGCGGCGACUCCACAAGGUGAGAGGCGGGAUCCGGAUACAGGAUUGGAGCUGGUCGGUGGUUGA